AGCUUGAACUCGGCCACAAAGGAGGACCAGGUCGGAAAUGGGAAGACGAGGCGCUCUGACAUGCGUUCUGACCAGGAGGCCGCCGAGUCCUUGGACAUGUAGGAGAGGGCGAAACGUACCACCCGCUCUUCUGAUACUACCCCGUUCACAUGGAAGGCCUCAGGGAGGAGGCGCCAGUAUUGCUUGACGGAAUGGAGAAACGUCUUGCCCUGGGUGCGGUCCCCGUCAAACGCGAAUGGGGGGUUGGGGCGGAUGAGGGGCCUCGUGUUGGCCUGUUGGCCAAUAGAUACACCUGGACCCACUGCCGGAGACGGAGCAGGGGCAGGGGCAGGGGCAGGCUGUUGCUGUGUAAUUAUGAGAUUAUGGAGGAGGCCUUCCAUCUGUUGCAUGGCUUCCUCUAGAUUCGCAAGCCUUUGUUGGGGGUGGGAGGGGUCGUCCUCUUCUUCCAUUUGGGACAUGACGAUCGUAGAGGGGGAGGAGGGGACAAGUUGGAAGUGAGGAGCGGAUGACGCUGUCGGUGGUCUUCACAAGCUUGUCCAGUUAUCCCUAGAAACUCGGUUUCUGCUGUAAGGGCAACCUCGAGGCCCAAUCUCAGAGUCCUGACAAGGGAGAGUCCAA